AUGCACGUACUUAAUAUCAUUUUGUGUUUUACAAUCCUGCACAUAUCUGGUCUCGUGUGUGCUGUGGAAUUCGCCGAUUGCGGUUCUACGGGGGCUAUCGUAAUGUCACUGGACGUUUCUCCAUGUGACGCUGAUUUGUGUACACUUGUCAGGGGUACACUGACUACUUUUACAAUUACCUUUGUUGCACGCAGGGACGCAGAUGCUGUGUAUUCCAACGUCAGAGAUACCGCUCGUGGAUCACUUGUGGUACAUUUUCCGCAAAGUGAUAUAUGUCCUCAACUGGCCCCACCCUGUCCCAUUUUGGCCGGCGAACGAUACACAUUUAGCUACACAGCCGUAGUGGCUAACUCCCUUCAAGCAACGAGUAUUUCUGAUUCUCUAGGGCUCAAUGUCAAUCCGAUGGAAAAUAUUGUACGGAAGUGGAGCAAAGUUCAUGUGCAUCGAUUUCAAGGUGAAAAUUGCAUAACCCGCGCGGAGUGA